AUGACCAUUUCUGAGGUGGAUAACUGGGAGAUAAGCUCUUCUUCGGGGAUGAAAUACGGUCAGUAUGUAGACUGGGAAAAGAUCGACCCAGAAGCUGCCACCCGUUAUGGGAAGAUCCUCUCAAGUGAUCAUUAUGAGCUCAAAGCAAUGGGCCGUACAGGAUUCUGGUCCACUCCUCAUACUCUCAGAGCCAAGGCUUACCAGCACAUCAUCCACAGCAUCGAGAGCACAUCCACCACCGCUGAUCUGGACACUUACCAUGGCAUAGUUAGGAAGCUUUUUGGGGAACUGCAAACAAGCACACACCCUUUCCCAAAGUUUAUGGAGGAUGGGGAAAUUCCCAGAUACUGCUUAAAUAAAGCAGGUCUGAAUUCGGUGAAAAAAAUUCUCAUUUGUAUAAACCACCAUUUUCUUGAUGUCAGCUUCUGUCCUAUUCUGUCCGCUCUGGUGUCUCUUCUCUUGCACUUCAGUGAGGAUGAAGCCCAGUGUUUCCACAUUAUUUGUUCCCUGGUGUCCUACACAGACCCUAAAAAGCAUUACAUUGACCGGACUUUCCUCACUUCACGUGCCUCAUGCAUGACCUUUGGUGACCUUGCCAAUAAAUACUGCAGGGGAAUUCGGAAGCUAAUAGCCAGCUCUCACCAGAACCUGUUUGAGUUCUACUCUGACUGGAUCAUGUGGAUCUUCGCCGAUCUGCCUUUCACAUACGCUAUCAGAGUGCUGGAUGUUUAUCUAAUGGAGGGUUACAAAGUUUUAUACCGUGUAGCUCUUGCUCUACUCAGCUUUUACAAGGUCUCUGUGUCUUCACGAGUGGCCCACGUCGACGACUUCAGACAGGACAUGAAGAGUUUUGUGCAGAAUGUGGGGCGGCACAGUACUAUUAACGCUCUGCUUCAGAGGGCUUUUAGUAUACAGCUGCCCACACGUAAAGAACUGACUUAUCUCUUCAAUGCCAACAAGGAUGCACUAAUUCAAAAGGACAUCCACAAUAAGAGCUCAUACCAAGCAAUGGAUUUUCGAGCCUUCAGAUCCUCUGUAGUGACUGAAACAGAGAUGAGGGUGGUCUGGGCCUGGAUUCCAGAGCGAUUUGCUCUGUUCAGUCCUGUGCAGCUAUUCAGUGGUGAUGAUGGCCACGCGCUGCACCUGCAGGCAGAUCUGACAGCUGGAUCUUCUGAACACUGUGAUACGUUUGAGAGUCCACCUCUCUGCAGGGGAUGCUUCAAGAUCCAGUCUCUAGAGGUGUGGGGUAUCCAGCACUCUUUGUCUGUUCCACCACUGCUAUCACAGUGA